UGAGAGCUUUAUUUAAAUUCUUCCUGCUUCCUAGAAUGGCGUCUGCAAUGCUGGGAGCUGAGCUGAGCUGCUCCAUCUGCCUGAGCACUUAUACUGACCCUGUAUCACUGAGAUGUGGGCACAACUUCUGCCAGGACUGUAUUAUGAGGGUGCUGGAUACACAAGAGGAGGAUGGGGGCUAUUCCUGUCCGGAAUGCAGGGCAGAGUAUCAGGAGCGCCCGGCACUGGAGAAGAACAGGAAGCUGAGUAACAUUGUGGAGAGUUUCCUAUGUAGUCACCCAGAGCCGGAGGAGACCCAGAUCUUCUGUACUUACUGUGACUCUCCUGUGCCGGCUACUAAAUCCUGUCUGCAUUGUGAAGCCUCAUUUUGUGACACACACCUAAGAAAACACAGUAAGUCUACUGUACAUGUUUUAACUGAACCCACUAUUUCCUUUGAAGACAGAAAAUGCUUUGUGCAUGAGGAGAUUGUAAAGUAUUACUGCUCUGAGGACUCAGCCGCUAUCUGUAUAUCCUGCUGGGUGGCCGGAGACCACCGGGGUCACCACGUGGAGCUUCUGAAUGUGGCCUCUGAAAAGAAAAAAGAGACACUGAGAGCUGUUACUGAGACCCUGAAGUCUGAGAGAGAGGAGACUGAGAGGAGAGUGCAGUGUCUGCAGGAUCACAGGAGAGAGGAGAAGGAGAAAGCCGCCAGUGUCACUGAGAAAGUCACUAAUCUGUUUAGAGACAUCAGGGAGAAGUUAGACACCCUGGAGAGGGAGGUUCUGGUUGAGAUCUCCAGACAGCAAGAGCAGAUGUCACUCUCAGUCUCUGAUCUGAUCACACAGCUGGAGAAACAGAAGGAUGAGCUGUCCAGGAAGAUUAGUAGCAUUGAGGAGAUGUGUAACAUCACUGAUCCAUUAACUGUCCUGAAGGAAGAACCAGAGAGUGAUGUCAUCCGUCACAGGAGCUGUGAUGUCACCAGUGAUGUAAGAGUUGCUGGAUGUGUGGAUGAGGGAAUAAUCUCACAGAUGUUACACAGGAGACUUUUACACUUGUCUGAUAAUCUGAUGGAUCUACAGACAAAGAGACAGCUCUCAGUGAUGGAGAAAGUAGACAUAUUACUGGAUAUAAAGACAGCCUGUAAUAACAUUAUUAUAUCAGGGGAUCACAGAUCUGCAUCUUAUACUGGUGUAUAUCAGAAGAGACCAGAUGGACCAGAGAGGUUUGUAUCCCAGCAGGUGUUAAGCUCCUGUAGCUUCUCAUCUGGGAGACAUUACUGGGAAGUGGAUGUGAGUGCAGCAGAGGAAUGGCUGAUAGGGGUGGCCGGUCACAGUAUGGAGAGAAAGAUAGAGGAUAAUGAAUCAUACAUUGGUUAUAAUGACAAGUCAUGGGGUCUGGAAUUUAUGGACGAACUUGUAGCAUGUCAUAACAAUAUACAUAAAGAGAUAGAUGCAGGUUCUCCUGUGCAGACAGUGGGGAUAUACCUGGACUAUGAGGCCGGGCGUCUGUCCUUCUAUCAGCUGUGUGACCCCAUCAGACACUUACACACCUUCUCCGCCACCUUCACUGAGCCCCUAUAUGCUGCCUUCUACGUGUAUGAGAAUUCCUGCAUCAAAGUCAUAAAGUAAAUAGUGUAACAAGGAGAUAAUUUGUAAUAAAUCAUAAAAUGUAUUUUACUUUAAGGUGGAAAAUGAAUGACUGAAUAUUACUAAUGUAUUUCUAUGGAUCAUUAUUUAUUCUUUACUUUUGAAUUAACAUUGAUUAUGAAAGUAAUAAGCAAAGACAGUCCAACUACUAUUGUAGAGGUGAGAUCUAUUUGUUGUAUGAUUAAUAUAUGUGUUUAUCAAACUUCCAUCUAGAACUUUUAUAUUGACUAAGUUAUAAUAACAUACAAAGUUCCCCAUAACGUGGGUGCAGAGUUCCCCUGAUCCGCAGACUCCAGAGGUCAGUGAUCCGGUGCUGGUCUGUUCCCUGAUACUAAGGAGGGUCUGUGUCAGGCAGACAGUGCUGGUGGUGAUGCCGCCCUCUGUAGGAUAAACAGGGAGAGGGAAAAGAAGCCUCUAUAUGGUGCACAGAAAUAUAAAUUACUAGAUAUAUUAAAAUGUCAUUACAAACAACACAGUAAUGAAAUAUAUUAAUACAUAGUCAAUGAAUACAUGCAUAUCUAUAAAAUUUGUGUAUUAAAA